CAAAGCAAAAACCCUAGACAGCGACCUCUAUAAAUACCCCAAAACCCUAAUCGCAUUCUCAGUUUUCCUUCCGCAGCAAAAAUGUCGAAGCGAGGACGUGGAGGGUCUGCUGGUAACAAAUUCAGGAUGUCACUGGGUCUGCCAGUGGCUGCAACAGUCAACUGUGCUGAUAACACUGGGGCAAAGAACCUGUACAUCAUUUCCGUGAAGGGAAUCAAGGGUCGCUUGAACAGGUUACCAUCUGCUUGUGUUGGUGACAUGGUGAUGGCCACUGUCAAGAAAGGGAAGCCUGAUCUCAGGAAGAAGGUGUUGCCUGCAGUCAUUGUGAGGCAGCGCAAGCCAUGGCGCCGAAAGGAUGGGGUCUUCAUGUACUUUGAAGAUAAUGCUGGGGUAAUCGUGAAUCCCAAGGGAGAGAUGAAAGGAUCUGCUAUUACUGGUCCUAUUGGGAAGGAAUGUGCGGAUCUUUGGCCAAGGAUUGCAAGUGCUGCCAAUGCCAUUGUUUAAGGGUUCUAAGUCACUAUCGGUGAUAUCCUCAUUUUUGAACUGAUGGUCUUUAUGUUUUGGUAGAAGUAGAGCAUAUGAAUUUUGCUGGAUUUUGUUAUAUUGGUUUUGGAUAUUUGGAUAUUUGUAUAAACCGCAUGUGGUUAAUGUUUGGAUUAUGGUAUUAUACUUUUAACAUUUUCGAGUUCCUAUGAGUUCCUAUGACUUUUGCUA